AUGGCCUCGGCGUACAGCGUGUACCAUGGCGCUUCCAACAACUCCCAGUACACCAUUACUGCCAUGGGUCGAUGGUCCAGUCUAAACAAGACUCUACCUCCUGCGGACAAGAUCAAGGCCCUCCACGUUUACGAUUUUGAUAACACUCUUUUCAAAACUCCCUUGCCCAACCCAGCACUCUGGGCCGGACCGACGAUAGGACUGUUGGCCACGCAAGAAGCCUUUAGUAACGGCGGGUGGUGGCACGAUAAUCGUAUUCUUGCUGCAACAGGCGAAGGUUUGGAGAAGGAAGAGCCUCGAGCGUGGGAAGGAUGGUGGAAUGAAAAGAUCGUCCAACUAGUUCGCUUGACCAUCAAGCAGCCUGACGCUUUGUGCGUCUUGUUAACUGGUCGCUCCGAAAAGGGCUUUAGCGAACUGGUCAAGAAGAUGGUUGCUGCCAAGGGCCUUGACUUCGACCUUGUUAGUCUCAAGCCUCAGGUCAGCCCUACAAACCAGCGCUUUCAAAACACCAUGCACUUUAAGCAGCUGUUCCUGAAUGCUCUCAUGGAGACAUACAAGGGCGCUACAGAGAUCAAAGUAUACGAAGACCGACCGAAACAUACAGUUGGAUUCCGCGAGUUUUUUGUUGAAUACAACCGCCGACAAACCGUCUCUCCGACUCGCGGCCCCAUCGACGCCGAGGUAAUCCAAGUUGCUGAUACUUCAACCACCUUGGAUCCUGUAAUCGAAGUUGCCGAAGUACAGCAUAUGAUCAAUAUUCACAACGAGGCCAUCACGCGGCAGCCCAUGCACCUACGACAAAACAGGCUACAAAUCAAAAAGACGGUGUUCUUCACGAGUUACAUGAUUGGCCCAGAAGACAGCAAGAAGCUCAUGAACCUCGUCCAAAUACCCUCCGAUAUACCUGGCAACGACAUCAAGAUUCAUGCCAACAAUAUAUUGAUUUGUCCCAGGCCUUGCCCCGCGAGCAUUCUCGACAAGGUUGGUGGCAUGGGAAGGAAAAUGCUGUGGGAGGUAACAGGCACCGCUUGCUACGACAACAGUAUCUGGGCGGCGUGCGUACGCCCCGUACCUCCGACGGCAAUCUACCAUACGGACAAUCCAGUCCCGUUGGUAGUCCUAGCCCUCAAGAAAGGCGCUCGGCCAGUGGAUGCUGGGAAAAUUGCCAACUGGCAGUCGCUGCCCGCUGGCAAAUCAUUUGUUUUCGAGGCUACAGUCGGCGAAAAGGCCGUUUUACGCGUGGAGGAUGAAGACCCCAGAGAAGACGAAUACGAAAGCUUGUUUGGGAACAAGCCCUCCAAGAGAAAGCAUGCUGGCGAGGAUGGCUGGACUGCUAACAACACUCACGGACAGUACGGUGGACGCAAUGAAUCAAGAGGAUAUCAUUCAGGCAGCCGUGGUGGAGGUCGCGGUAGAGCCCACUCCUCUCGAGGCUUUCGCGGCGGUGCCAGAGGAGGUGGUCGGGGUGGUGGAAGAGGCAGAGGUGGUGGGCAUCACUACCGAUCUUUGGACGACGUUGAGCCUAAGAAUCCGCAGGGCGGAUAUGGUCCGCAUGUUAGCUACGAUGACGCUUACCCGUCUCUAAACCAACAACAACCCCCUCAGGCACCACCAACAGGUCCAAAGGCCUCACUCGGUCGCGGAGGGACACACCAGGGACGUGGCGGAGGUCGCGGAGGUGGUCGAGGAAGUGGCCGUCCGAUGGGCGGAGGCCAAUCUGCGAAUAAUACGGACUUGCAAAACUACUACUAG